AUGCUUGAAGAUACUCUAAAGGAUAAACAUAUUCAAUAUGAAAGAUUAAAGAACAAUCAUAGUUCUCCAUUAAUAUCAACUUCAUCUAUUAAGACCUGCUCAUCCGAAAAGAAGCUCUCUCUUUAUCAUGAGCAAAGACAGCGGAUUAUCGAUAGCGAUUGGGGAAGAUAUGCCCUGGAUUUAAAUUUAUGGGAGGAUAAUAAAUCACCCGUGGUACAGAUAAGAUCGAGUGAAGUAUCAUUAAAAGAUAGAGAAUGCUGCGGUUUUUUAUCCGACAGAUUAAUAGGCAUUGGUUUGUCUUUCUUGAAGAGAUCACCUGAGAACGGUCUCUAUAUUCUUAGCAAAUGCGUCUUGAAUAAUAGGUCUAUAACUUGCAUAUUUUAUUUUAGACAUCUGCGGUAUUUAAAUUUGUCUUACAAUUUCAUCGAACAUAUUGAAAAUUUGGAUGGUCUGAAUAUAAAGGAAUUAAAUUUAGAAGGCAAUUGUAUAACAUCGUUUAAAUCUGCUAUACCGGGUCAUGGCAUAAGCAUAUUGCCUAAGUUGCGAAUUAUCCUUCUGGGAUAUAAUAGAUUGUCGACUUUAGAAUUUUUCAAAGACGCGUACAGUUUACGUUUUAUAGAUCUAAAAUUUAAUAAAAUUGCCGAUCUUUUGGAAAUAUUGAACUUGAAAGGCUCGAUAUUUAAAGUCGACUUUAGAGGUAAUACUUGCACGAAAUGGCCUAAUUAUCGAAACGUACUGAUAUCUUUCGUACCAAGUCUUAGAAUCAUAGAUAACAUUGAGGUAUCUGUGACAGAAAAGGUGACGUCGACUAUAUUAUUUGCAUCACCGCUGGAUUUAAUUGUUGUCCGCAAAGUAGCAAACUUAAUGUUACUGGAACACUUAAAUAUUAGCAAAAUAGAUGCUCACGUUCAACCAUAUGAUGAAAUCAGUCCACCUCUAAUAAUACUUACAGGACCAUCGGCACUAAAGAAAAUGGCACUUGCUUUGCAUGUGGCUCGAACAAUUCCCGAUAAAAUAAGAUACUGCCGUUGGUAUACCACAAAAGAAAUGUACGAAGAUGAAGUUGAACGUAACGCUUAUAUUCUUGUAAACAGAGAGAAGUUCAACGAUAUGGCGCGACGCGGCGAAUUUUUAGUAAUUUUAGAUCUCUUGGGCAAUAGCUAUGGAUUCCAUGUAAAUCAGAUCAGUCUUUUAAUAUCUGAACACAAAAUUGGACUUACUCAUAUGAAUCUGUAUGCAGUUACGGAAAUUUCUAAACGAUAUCCGAAUGUGAAGGCGAUCUUGGUGUUGACGCAGAAUGUCGAUCUUCACAGAAACUGGAUACGAGAAAAAUUCGGUGUCUACACGUGGAUUAAGGACAGCGUGGAAAAUUUAUUAGCGGUUAAAAUAGGAAAGCACCACGAGGAAAUGGAGACCGCUAGUUGUAUAUUAAAUUUCAUCCAAGAAAUCUUGGACGAGAUAAUAUACCGUCUAGAAUUAUCAAUUUAUGGCAUCUCACAAGAAAAAGAACCAACAACAACCGAUAUAAUCCUGGAAAAGACCAUACCGAAAUCGUUUGUUUUACGAAAGAGCGAGGAUCAGCAAAUGAUAUCACACGAAGAAAAAGUAGAAAUGUUAAAAAAUAUAUAUAUUGAACUUAUUAUAAAAAAUAGGGAAUUAUAUUUGGACUAUCAUGAAAGUCAUCCUGGUUUCUUUAUUUUGGUGUUAUUUAUGGAUGAUUAUAUGAAAGCUUUUACCUCGCUAAUUGACUUCAUUCACGAAUCAUAUACAAAUCUGCCUUAUAGAAAACCAAUCUUUUUAUCAGAAGUGCAACAUUUUAGGAAUACAACAAUUCUCAUCAUGCUUGAACAUAUCGUUAAUGAAAUCAGAGAAAAUUUAUCGAUAUCUAAACGCCAAUGUAGAAAAAUAUUAAAACUGUAA